AUGUCCCAUCACUCCCACCACAUUCUAGUAUUCUCCACUUCCUGUUUAAAAAAUUACCAACCCUUCAAAUAUGACCAAAUUCCUCUGAAUCAUGGUAAAGGGAGAAUUUUGGUUCAAAUUGGUGACACGAAGAUUGUUGUCAAUUCGAUGGUGGUGGUGGAUCCAAAUGGCGGUGGCAAUUUUACCACCAUAGGUGAAGCAGUUGCUGCAGCACCAAAUAAUACCAAGCCAAAUACCGGUUAUUUUGGGAUACACGUAGUGAAGGGAAAUUAUAAUGAGUAUGUGAAUAUUCCUAUGAAUAAGGAGUAUUUGUUGAUGAUUGGUGAUGUCAUUAAUCGAACUGUCAUCUACGACAACCACAGUACGGCCCUGGGCUCAACUACUUACGAAUCUGCUACAUUUGUGCCCACGGGAUUUGUUGCGAUAAAUAUGAAAAUUCAAAACACAGCGGGACCAAGCAUGGGCCAAGCCGUGGCACUCAGAAAUGCCGCCAAUCUCUCGGCCUUCCAUAGAUGCAGCUUUGAUGGGUACCAAGACACCCUGCUAGCUCAUGCCAUGAGACAAUUCUACAAAGAAUGUGACAUAUACGGCACUGUUGAUUUCAUCUUUGGUAAUGCGGCAGCUGUCUUUCAGGAUUGUAAUAUUUACGUCAGACAACCAUUGAAAGGUCAGUAUAAUACCAUAACAGCCCAAGGUAGAACUGAUCCGAAUCAAAAUACUGGGUUUUCUUUCCAAAGAUGUAACAUUAUGGCUACCCCUGACCUAAUCUCGAGUAACUUCACAGUCCAAACCUACUUGGGAAGGCCAUGGAUGGAAUAUUCUAGAACGGUUUUUACUGAAUCGUUCUUAGAUAGUUUGAUUGACCCUUCUGGUUGGCAUGAAUGGAAUGGGAACUUUGCACUUGAAACAUUGUACUAUGGAGAGUAUAAAAAUUCAGGACCUGGGUCUAAUACAGCUAAACGAGUCAAGUGGUCGGGGUACCAUGUGAUCGAUGAGAGUAUUGCGUCUUAUUUUACUGUCACCUAUCUUAUUGUAGGUGAGUUUUGGUUGCCAUCCACAGGAAUUCCUUUUACAGAAGGUCUUGGGGCUCAAAAUGGUCAAGAGGCAACAACCAAGGAUAAUAUAAUCAUUUCCUUUUGA